UGGUGCUGCAUGUAUGUCUGAGAGAAAGUGAAAAGCAUCUGACAUGACCAUUAGAAACACUCUACGGGAUUAUGGACAAAGAUAUCGACCGCGGAUGGCUUGUCUUAAGAAGGCAGAAAAGGUGUUGCUGGAGAUGCAGGACCCCAAAACAGGUGUGAAGUCACAGCCUCAGAGAUUGGUUAUCACAACGAUACCACAUGCUAUUACCGGUGAAGACAUAAUUGCAUGGCUAGCGGACAGAUUUCAAAUAGACACACAAGAGGCGAGGAAAUUUGGCUCUAUGCUGGUAGCGUUAGGAUACAUCUACCCUCUACAAGACCACAAACGCUUAGUGGUCAAGCCAGAUGCCUCUCUCUAUCGCUUUCAGACACCGUACUUCUGGCCCACACAGCAGUGGCCUGUUGAGGAUACAGAUUAUGCAAUCUACUUGGCAAAAAGAAACAUACGUAAGAAAGGAAUCCUGGAGCUGCAUGAGCAGGAGCAGUAUAACCGUCUUCACAAGUGGAUGAAUCAUAAAUGGGAUUUCAUAGUGAUGCAAGCUAAAGAACAGUACAGGGCUGCAAAGGAGAGGAAGAAACCAGACCGUGUGGUGUUUGACUGCCAGGAGAGAGCCUACUGGGUGGUUCACAGACCUCCACCAGGGACUGUGAGUGCCAUGGACUACGGACUGGAUCGACGAGUAGAUCCUAAUGCAGAUGAGGCAAAAACCCAUGACUUCUACGAGAGAAUUAUGAUCUUUACCCAGCAGUCCAUCAUGAGACCUAGAGUGAAGUCAUCUGUGUCCAUUGGCGCAUUGGUAAAGUACUGUGCUACCUACAACAGCCAUGACCCCUUCCUGUCCAAGUGUCUUCCCAGCAACCCCUGGCUGACUGAUGAUGUCACAUACUGGACCCUGAACAUGCCCAAUGUAGAAAUACCGACUAAAAUGCGUGUGGAGAGGUGGACGUUCAGCUUCGGAGAGCUGCUGUCAGACCCUCGAGGACGAGACGAUUUCAGACUCUUCCUGAAGAAAGAAUUCAGCGGUGAGAACUUGGCAUUCUGGGAGAGUUGUGAAGAUCUGAAAUGGGGCACUGCUGCGACGAUGAGAGAGAAAGCAGAGCAGAUCUACAAAACCUUCCUGGCACGUGGUGCACCGCGGUGGAUCAACAUCGAUGGAAAGACAAUGGAAAUCACAGUGAAUGGCCUGAAACACCCACACAGAUACGUCCUGGAUGCAGCCCAAACUCACAUCUACAUGCUCAUGAAGAAGGACUCCUACGGCCGUUACCUGAAAUCGCCAGUGUUUAAGGAUACGUUGAAGAAGGCCAUCUGUCCCGAGGAGCACAAGUUCACUGACGCCCAGUUGGAUCAGAAUGCGAAGAACAGACGGCCCAGUCUCAGCCCCAUCAUCCUCCGGCAGCAGGAGCAGGAGCAGAGGGCCAAGAUGGCCGCCAGUGCCACCGUUGACAUCACACAGCUGUGCCGCUUCACCACGCCUGUCCCACACCUUGCUGUCUACUCUGGCAUCACUGACUACCCAUCUGCCAACGCCUCGCCCUCUCUCCCCUUUCUGACCCACACCCCGGCUUGCCCAUCCCCCAUCAGCGUGGCCCUGGAUAGCACUUCAGCCUCUGAGCGGCGAGCGGAAACCAGUGAGGGAGAAGGCGAGGGGAACCCUCAGACUCGAGCCCCCAUAGGUGGGAACGUGUCCAAGCCUCGCAUGGCUUUUUCACUGCGUCGUCUGCUGAAGCGGGGCUGCACCCCCUCCACCAUGUUUGCCAGCUUAUCCCCUAAAUGCCCCUCAGCUGCUGGGACAAGUAGCCGCAUUCAACCAAUCAGCCCGGAUCAGCCCACUCAGGCUCCACCCAGACGGAUUGGCAAUUUUUUCCAGAUUAAAGUGGAUAUUCCUCCAGAAUGCCGUAUCUACCCCAUAGAGUCUGAGGAUGAGGAGGAGGAGAACAGGGCUGCAUCUCGCAGCGGAGUGGGAGCCAAAGAGAUCAUCUGCCCCUGGGAGAGCCUCACGCCACAGAACGGGAUGGGCUAAGAGGCUGAAUUAAAAAGAUGGAGUUUGUAAAUCUGUGGGGCACAGAUGCAAUGUGCCUGUUUAAACAGGUUGGAAGCAGAUUUCCCAUGUUAUGACAGAGAUAAAAGAUCUCAGGCAGAGCAUUAAGUGUUUAUCAUCCUUGUGUAAACACGAUCAUAUCCUCACCACAAGGCCACUAACUACAACAUAAAUGCCAAACAACACAGAGACUGGCACAGAUCAGUCAGCCCGGGACACUGUAGAGAUGGCGGUUACAGCAGAUUGAGCAUCAGCAUGUUGUAGGAAACAUACGUUUUCAGAAUCAAACACUGCCUGUUGGCUUUAAAUGGCUCGGUUUCAUGUUGGCUGCAGCAUCAUCCACUUCUCCACUGUCCAAAAUCAGUUUUUUCAAAACAGUUUCUCCAAAAUAUGGCUAAAUACAGUUAGUUGUCAAUCACAGUUAUGUAGUUGCCAGGAAAUAUUGAGGUCAUGGCUUAGAAUUCCUGCAUUCCCUCCUCUCUAAGAAAUGUUUGAGCAGCCACUUAAAAUAAUGUAAAAGUUAGUUUUUUAUUUAGAUUUUAUGUUUAAUGAUAUUUUGUUCCAAUUUUAUUAGCUUCAAAUCUUUCUUCAUACAACUGUAAAUGUAAUUUUGGUAAUGAAAAGCAUACUUAUAUAUUUGUAUAAUAUAAAACUGCUAAGGUCUUUAAAAUUCCCAAAUUCCCAUCAAAAUUAUAGAGUAAAUAAUCUGGCCACAUUAGCUGUAAAUGAUAAACAGAGGUUCAAUUGUAUUUUGCAUACAAGCCUACAGGUACAGUAGGGAAUGUUUGUUAUUCAAAACAUUUUUGGUGGAAUAUUCCCUUAAGUACAGCCUUACUGUCACUGACCCUUACUGAUGUGAGUGCCAGCUGAGCCAGCUGUUUAGACUGGAGAGUUAGUUUUGUCAGGCCCAGCUUCACUAGUGGACAACAGGGUGUACAAACAUCCAAGAGCUUUCACAACCUGCGCUGUAGCUUUCACGUUUAAACCUCAUGCUGUGUUUUUUCAUAAACAGUAGCUCAACAGCAGCCUUAUCCACCUCCACACCCACAGAUAUUUAGCUUUUACUUUGGCCUUCGACGUUUCUACAAAGCUGGCAUGAACACAUUUUUUAAGGAACAGGGUCACAAGCAUCAAAAAGUAACUUAUAAGCUAAACGAUUUCUGUGAUUGCCAUGGAGUGGACAUAUUUGAACUGAUAAAAAUAUAGCUACUGUAUUUAUAUAUUUAUUAAUAAUGAUCCGUUUUCUGAAAUAGAGAAUUGUUCUUGUACUGCUAAAUAGACUUAGAUGCCUCAUCCCCAGUUUACUUACCUCUUACACACAUUAUGUAAAAUGAGAGCACAUGCUACUACAUGUUGCUAGUUACUGUAAUGGGGGAUAGGUAAUAGUUUUGUAUUUGACUCCACUGCCGUUUUGUACACUGUGUGUAGCUGUUAUAUACUGCACGCGAUCCUGAGCGAGGUGGUUUUCUUUUUCUCACGUGUCUCUCCAGUAGGGGCGGCAGUACAAUGUGAAUUAACUUUCAGAAUGUAUUAUCUCUACUGUGUUUACAGAUGCAAGAAUGUGAAAAAUACCUUAAAUGUGUUUUAUUUGAUUUGUACAUUCCAUGGCUUGUGUCAAGUGCCUCAAUAAAUAACUUGACAAAAAAGUCCACCUUCUUCAUGAGAUACUGAGACAUUUGAACUUAAAGCACUAGGUCCAGCAAAUUACCAAAAAUACUAAGUUUCUCACUUAUAUAGGCUUGUAGACAGUUUUGGUUGUAUUUGCUCAGGUUUUGAGAGAUGUGUGUGAGAUUUAUGCCACCAACAA